GAAAAUAUCUCGAUCCUCCUUAAAAUAAAUUAGUCUUUUGAUUCUAUUUCCUUCUCAAACAUUAUUCAUUCAAGAUUGCAUCUUUCUCUCUCCCCAAAGUACAUAUGUAUAUGGACAUGGUUUCCUUCACCUCUGCGCGGAAAUUAGGGUUUGGGGUUUGAAUGAUGUUUUGAGCAGUGGUUUUUGUUAUUGAUUGAUUGAUUGAUUUACCUUGGAGGUUUAUUUCAAUGGCUGAUAAUAUGAAAGAUUAAUUAUUGUGAACAAUCGAGGGGUUCCGUGCCCUCUUGAGUGUAAAAUACAGAGCAGAUACACUCGAGGUGACUGAUAACACGGAAGAAACAGGGCGGAUUGAAUUGGAUACGCCUGUGCAUGUUGCGCACAGCUGUAUCGAGUGUGUAGAUAGGGAUACACUUGCGCGCAUAUGGCGGCGAUGCGGCGUAGGAAGGGCGCCGGUGGGAGACGGCCUGAGAAUUCAGAGCCGCGAUUGGACGAGAGCAAGGAGAAGCACUACAUCGAAUCGGAGAAGUCGAAUUCAUGUUCCACGAAUUUGAAUGCGGAUGUCAAUUCCAUCGUGCUGUCGAAUUCGUAUCCGGCGGCGAAGAAACAGAGGCCAAAAUGGGGCUGUGCCGACACUUGUUGUUGGUUCGUUGGAUGCGUCUGCUCUAUGUGGUGGCUUCUGCUCUUUGUCUACAACGCAAUGCCGGCGUCGUUCCCCCAAUACGUUACGGAAGCAAUCACCGGUCCGUUGCCGGAUCCUCCGGGGGUGAAGUUAGCGAAGGAUGGGUUGAAGGCGAAGCAUCCUGUGGUUUUCGUUCCAGGGAUAGUCACCGGAGGCCUUGAGCUGUGGGAAGGCCACGCUUGUGCUGAGGGUUUGUUCAGAAAGAGGCUUUGGGGCGGUACAUUUGGUGAAGUUUACAAAAGACCCUUGUGCUGGGUUGAACACAUGUCACUCGAUAAUGAAACUGGAUUGGACCCUCCUGGUAUAAAGAUUAGGCCAGUUUCUGGACUAGUAGCUGCUGAUUACUUUGCACCAGGUUAUUUUGUUUGGGCAGUUCUAAUUGCCAACUUGGCUCGGAUCGGGUAUGAGGACAAAAAUAUGUACAUGGCAGCUUAUGAUUGGAGGCUCUCAUUCCAAAAUACAGAGAUUCGAGACCAAACUCUCAGCAGGAUAAAAAGUAAUAUAGAGCUGAUGGUUGCCACUAGUGGUGGUAAAAAGGUGGUGGUUGUUCCACAUUCAAUGGGUGUCCUGUAUUUUCUCCAUUUCAUGAAGUGGGUGGAGGCACCUCCUCCCAUGGGUGGUGGGGGUGGACCGAAUUGGUGUGCCGAUCAUAUAAAGGCUGUAAUGAAUAUUGGUGGACCUUUUCUCGGCGUUCCUAAAGCAGUUUCCGGGUUAUUCUCUGCUGAAGCAAAGGAUAUAGCCAUUGCAAGAGCUAUUGCACCAGGUGUUUUGGAUAUGGAUGUGUUUGGAUUUCAAACAAUGCAGCAUGUGAUGCGAAUGACCCGUACUUGGGACUCAACAAUGUCAAUGAUCCCAAAGGGUGGGGAAACUAUAUGGGGUGGACUUGAUUGGUCUCCAGAAGAAGGUCAUGUAUGCAGUUUAAAGAAGAGGAGCAGCAAUGGUCAGCCAACUGGCCAUAAUACGACUCAGAAGUUAGAUAAGUCUAUUCAUGCAAAGUAUGGAAGGAUUAUUGCAUUCGGGAAGGAUGUUGGUGAUUUUCAUUCAUCUGAUAUUGAAAGAAUUGAUUUUAGGGGUGCUAUCAAGGGGAGUAAUCUGGCUAACACGACCUGCCGUGAUGUGUGGACAGAGUACCAUGAUAUGGGUAUUGGUGGAGUAAAAGCAGUGGCUGAUUACAAAGUUUACACAGCUGAUUCAAUCUUGGAUCUACUUCAAUUUGUUGCACCAAAAAUGAUGACGCGUGGUGGGGCUCAUUUUUCAUAUGGAAUUGCUGACGAUCUUGAUGAUGAAAAGUAUAAUCAUUACAAAUAUUGGUCGAAUCCUCUUGAAACAAAAUUACCAAAUGCUCCAGACAUGGAAAUCUUUUCCAUGUAUGGAGUGGGGAUCCCUACUGAAAGAGCCUAUGUAUAUAAAUUCAGUCCUGCAGCUGAGUGCUUCAUUCCUUUCCAGAUUGACACCUCAGCGGAUAGUGGAGAGGAUAGCCAUUGUCUGAAAGGUGGUGUCUAUCUAGUCAAUGGAGACGAAACUGUUCCAGUUCUAAGUGCUGGAUACAUGCCUGCUAAAGCUUGGCGAGGAAAAACUCGAUUCAAUCCCUCAGGAAUCCGAACCUUCAUAAGGGAGUAUGAUCACUCUCCUCCUGCAACUCUGUUAGAGGGGAGGGGUACCCAAAGUGGUGCUCAUGUUGAUAUAAUGGGAAACUUUGCUCUUAUUGAAGACAUCAUCCGAGUCGCAGCAGGGGCCACUGGAGAAGAAAUAGGAGGGGAUCAAGUGCAUUCGGAUAUAUUUAAGUGGUCAGAAAGGAUUAAGUUAAAACUCUAGAAGAUUUAGUGUGUACCAUAUUGUUCGAUAAGGCUGUCUGAAUCUUGCCGCCAUUGUCAGCAUUCCUCUGCAUUAAGGUGUAUAUAUGAAUUCGACUUGAGAUAUUAUGUUCUCCGUUGACACGGUGGAGAAGCCGACGACUUGGGGGAUGUGGAUUAUCAUAUGGGCAUCGGCGCAGAGCCAAAAAGUUUUUCGACAAAAACUGGUGCAGAAUUCCGGCAGCGAAUGCUCAUUGUUGUAAGUAGGGAGUAAUGAUUUAUAGACAAAUUGAAAGUAUUAGUAUUUAGCAAGAUUGGAAAAUGGUUGGUGAAUUGCACAAAAUACCAAAAUGCAACUGGUCUGUUCUGGUAUGGACUUUGUCUGUUUGCCCCCUCAAGGUCACAUGAAAAUUUUUGUUCA